AUGAUAGAAACUCGCAUCAGCUGUCGGUCGAAAACCCGCGGAAGUCACUUGGAGCUCGUCUCGGACCGAGAAAAAAACACCUUGGAAUGCACCAAUUUGUUGGACGCAUUCGGACUACCCAUGAAAGAUAUUUUAUGCACUGUGUUGCACUACAAGUGCAGUUCCUCACACUAUUUUAUGCAGGCGAGCCCAGAAGAAGGCAUCCCUCUGUUCGAUUAUGGUUUUGGUGAACAACUGAGCAAUUUUUCCCGAUCAGAAAACAUCUCUGGUUCGAUGCAACUGAAUGUGCUGUACCAGGCCGCCUCAUGUUUGAGUCGCUACGAUAUUCGAGAUAUCGCGAUACACAUAUACCUCUGCGAUUUAGCUCCUGAGGUCGACCUUGGUCAGAAGUAUCGUCCAUCAGCCUCAACCAGAAAGCAUUGUAACAUGAGUCAGAAGGCUUCCAGACAAAGUGAAAACGCUACAAUGGUACAUAUACACUGA